AUGGUGAUACCUAAUGGGGAUUGCAGAAGACACUCUUGCCAUAGAAGUCACCAUCAUGAUUCCAGACUACGCCAUAGGGACAGGACCUUUGAUCAUCUGGCUAAGCAAGUGAUAAACCUUGACAAGAAAUCCAAAGAAUUGUGCGUUGAAAACUCCAAUGACAAAACAGUUGAAGACUACAGUGAAAAUGAUUAUAAAAUUACAGUAAAUCUUGUUGAUUAUGAAGAAGAAAAUAUUACAGUGAAAACGAAAUAUCGCGCUUUGUAUAUUAAUGCAGAGAAAGACGACGAUGUAUAUUUUGAAGUAAGAAUUGUGCCUGAAGUAGCUAAUAUAUAUAAUGCUACAUGGGAUUAUUCUGAUGAUAAACUAGAAAUAACGUUCCCGUAUAAAGAAAGAGAGGAAUAUUCAAGUGAAACCUGUACUUUAGUUAUAGAUGAAACUGUGAACAUUGUGCAAAAAUAUUCCCCUAAUUUAGAUGUUAGAAUGCGACCUGGGAAAAAAUCGGUAAAUGAUCAAAAUGAAGAUGAUAAAGUGAACAAUGUCAAAAAUUAA